CUGCAGUGAGACACUGCAUGAAGCAGCUUGCUGAAGGGAGAAAGGAGAACAAGGGCUGCCUCCUGUUCAUAAUUAUACAAGCUUAGGCAGUGGCCAGAACUGAAUGAGGUAAAGCAAGAAAACAAAACAACAACAACAACAAUAAGUAAAUUCCAGCUGUGCUGUUAUUCCCAAAAGAUCUGUGGUGAGCUACCUUCCAUGGACCUCUCUAUAGGUACUGCGCUCUUCUUGAUCUUCUCCAGCUACCUCUCGGAUGCACAACUCCGAAAGGCUAACAAAGAACUCUCAGUGCCAAAUGGAUCGCCAUGGGGUGAAUGGGGACCCAUAGAAUUCUGUCGCCAAGGACAUGCAAAAGGAUUCAGAUUGAAGGUACAACAAUGGACAUCAGAAUCACCCAUUCGAGAUGAUACAUCUCUGAAUGGCAUCCGCCUCAUUUGCACGGAUGGCUCAGAAAUUCAAUCUGAUGUUGGACCGUAUGGAACAUGGACAAAGGCUGAGAUUUGUCCUGGAGGCCGUCUAAUUUCAUAUUCUCUGAGAGUACUAGAAUAUCAAAGAAUCAUGGAUGACACAGCAGCUGACAAUAUCAGGUUCAGCUGUGAAAAUGGGGGUGUCCUGACAGGCUAUUCAACUGACUGGGGUACGUAUGGUCCAUGGAGUCAACAAUGUACUAAUGGUGCCAUAUGUGGAAUGGUGACAAGAAUUGACAAGGGAUUAGAGGACAACACAGGACUUAACGAUGUGCUGUUCUACUGCUGCGACUGAACCAUGUGGGUUUCACACAACAAUAGCUCAGUUCCCUGUGCCCCAGUGGCUCCAUGAUGUGAAACUUAAU